AUGGCGCCGGCCAACGGCAACGGCGCGAUUUAUCCCAAGUUCUCCAAGAGAAGUUGGAAGGAAUGGGUGAAGUUUCUCCAUUAUGGCCUUGGCAUUUUGGUGACUAUAGGUGCCUACAGCUUUCUACAAGAACGCAUCGUGUCCAAGAGAUACGAGGGGGAAAUCUUCAAAGCCACCAUGUUCUUGGUCUUGUGCAAUCGAUUGGUCUCCAUUGUUUAUGCGCUGAUCAUGAUCAUGGUGACGGGUGAGAGUUGGAGAAUGCAGGCGAUCGUCUGGAAAUAUCUGGUGGUGUCCUUCUCCAACAUGUUGUCAACCUGGUGUCAAUAUGAAUCGCUGCGCUAUGUGUCGCUGAUCUUGCAGACCAUGGCGAAGACCUUCAAGAUGCUGCCAGUGAUGUUGGUUGGCAUGGUCAUCAGCAGAAAGAGACACUCCCUACGAGAAGUUUGUGUGGUGACUCUGCUGACGUUGGGCCUGUCGCUCUUCGUGGCCGGUGGCAAUGUGAGUUCCGAAAAUGCCGAAGGCUCCAGCUUCUAUGGUAUCUGUUUGCUGAUGGCCUUCCUGGUUUUCGAUAGCUUCACCUCCAACUUCCAAGAGAAGUUGUUCAAAGAAGAUAACAUGUCCAAGUACAACCAGAUGCUCUAUAUGAACUUGAGCUCUGCGUUAGUCUCCACGUGCCUUUUGGUCUUCGGCGGCAUGCUGCCCUACAGCUUGGCCUUCCUGGACCAUCCCGGCUUCGCCAGCCAUGUGCUGAUGUUGUCGCUCAGCGCCGCAGCUGGGCAGUACUACAUCUUCUCCAUGGUGCAGAGCUUCGGGGCGCUGGCGCUGGCGGCGGCCAUGAAUGCGCGGCAGGUGAGCACCAUCUUCCUGUCCUAUCUGACGCAGACGCAGCCGCUGACGUGGAUCCAAAGAAUGGGGCUCUUCAUCCUGUGCUUUUCGCUGAUGAUGAAGGCGUCCUGCAGCUUCAUCUUGGAGCCCGACGUCAAGCAGCUCAGCGGCCAGGACCCGCCCAAGGAGGUGGAGCUGGAAGAUGCCGAGGAAGGGGAGCUCGAAUCCCUGGUGCGCGGAGGUUCCCAGUCCAAGAUGGAACUGGCUCACGUACUUGGCGCCAAGA